AUGCCGGGUCAGCUGGGCCUGGACGCCAGGUGCAGUGUGGUGGACGGUUACACCUGGAAGCCCAGCUUCAAGUCAGCCUUGUCCUCUGCGUGCUGCUCUGCAGGCUGGGCCUCGUUUGUGGCCUGGCAUGGAUGGAGUCCCUCGUCCCACUCCAGGAAGAUGAUGGCUGAUACACAGAUUAUGGACCAAGCAUUGGUCCAGGCAAUAGCUAGGCGUGUUUUUGAAGUCAUUGUGGAUCAGUCUUCUUUUGUACCUAACAAGAUGGUGGAAAAGCAGAGAACCAAAGUGUGUGACCCUGAGCUUUCUAAAGAAGAAAUCUCUGAGAAGGAGGUGACAUCAAGAAAAGCAAACAAAAAGAAGACAGCCCUAGGCAAACAUCACUCAAGAAAAGAUAGCAUCACUGAUGCCGGUGAGAAAAACAGCUGUGGCACCUGUGAAGACCCUGGGUCGCUGCUGCAGUUUGACCAUAAAGCUAAUCGACUGCUGGAAAUAACCAGCAGGAAAAAUAUCCCUCCCUUCAACCAGAAAUGUCUCUCUAAACUAAUCAAAAAGUUCCAAGAUUUUUCUGAAGGCACUUUAUCCCGGUUCGAUUUUGAUGAGAACAUUUCUGCUGGUGAAGAUGAGCAACCCAACAGUCAAGGACAGAAUAAGAAAAAGGGGAAUAAGCCUUCAGUGCAAACCCAUUUGGGAAAGGAGAAAGGAAACAAAUCUUUACAUGUAGAGGAAGAGAGUGGAGGCAGUACUCAGAAGAGGAAAAGGAAAAAGAAAAAGAAGAAUCGUCUCCAGCCUGAAAAUUUGAGCUCAGGGGACAAAGCCAUGUCCUCCAACCAGAACGAAAGCAAUGAACCAAAGGGAAAGAAGAGGAAAACCCAGAAGGUUCUAAGUGUGGCUGAGACAGAGGCGGAAGCUUCCAGCACCGUGAAGCAGGGUGGCUUGGUGCAUGCGCCAACCAUGCUGACAUGCAACAAAAAGAAACGGCCCAAGAAGAAGAUUCUAAGGGUCCGGCAGAAGGUACCAGGAUUAGUGGUGCCACCUCCAAAGGACACAGUUCAAAGUGGCCCCAGCAGUGACCACGCUCAGGAACCUUCCACUCACAGUCCCUCAGAAGGUGGCUUCCAGGUUAUGAAGAAGAAGCGGAAACUCGGAGCCCUGCCAGUCAACGGCAACAGCCUGUCUGUUCUGGCCUGGUCUCCAUCAGGGAAGGAAAGCCUUCAGACCAACCCCAAGGAGAGAAAGGAAACCCACUGCCCCCUAACCCAGAGACUAAAGAAGAGGAAAAAGAAAGGGACACCUGGCAGCCUUGAUGUGUGUGACCUUUAUGACCUCCCUAACCCAAAGGCCACUGUCUUACGGAAGAGGAAGAGAGAGAAGGAGAUGCCACACCUGGUGGAGCACAAUGGGGCUUUGGACAUGGAAGUCAAUCAUAUUCAUGCACUGGGUAAUGGUGAAGCAUUCAGCCCUUUGAAGAAGAAGCAGAAGGUGAAGGCAGAAAAUGAUUUUGUGAAGUUUGACACCCCCUUCACACCAAAGCCUUUGUUUUUCAGAAAAGCUAGAAGCACUGGCUCCAUCUCCUUUAUGAGCCCCACCGUCCAGUUAAAUAAGAUCCCAUCCAGCUCCAAGAAGGUCACCUUUGGGCUGAACAGAAACAUGACAGCAGAAUUCAGGAAAACAGACAAGAGUAUCCUAGUAAGUCCCACAGGCCCAUUCCGAGUAGCCUUCAACCCUGAGCUGCGGCCCCUCCAUGGCAUCCUGAAGACACCCACAAGCUCUCCCUGCAGCACUCCUGUGGCGCCCAAGAAAGUGAUGUCCACCCCUCCUCCAAAGAAAAGACCAACUGCCAUGGAUUUCUUCUGA